AUGCCCACAGCGCAUACAACCACCAAAGACUUCCUGGAGAAAGCACUGCGUUUCAUGACGGCCAACCUUUUUGACGGCCUGCUCACAUCUCGCACCAUAAAGAAGGCACAGCUCUCGAUGACAGACACGCGGAGGGCAGUCGAGAUGGGUAAGUUUGAACUCGUCCCGAACGUUGUUGUUGCCCCACACUGCUCUUUUCCACUGGACGCAACCGCGCAGCUACAGGCGGAGUGCAGGGAUUCUUCGCCCAUCGACCACAAUGGCAUCAGCAUAACCGCACAAACUCAUACGACACCCAGCCAUCGUGACGACGCUCACCCAGAACAUCGCAAGAAUGGUCGUCUCCCGGUGGGUUUCCACGGAGUGAAUGUGUUUACGGUCGCAGAGAUGAAAGGACGACGACGCCUCAUCACCGAGCCCCACCUCAACGGCGUGAUCUCAAAGGCGGAGAUACCACGGUGUGAGUACCCGUCUCGUCUUGAAAGGCGGCAGAAGCUGCGCUACGCACGGUACAUGCUUCAGAUUGAUUUUGAGGCGUUUUACGAUUCCAUUCCAUUGAUGGAGGAAGGGCUGCGCAACAAGUUCGUAUUUCGGGCGCGAGAUGGCGCACUCUACCGACUUCGCACGCUACCGACCGGAGCGAGAUGGAGCGUCGCGGUUGGACAGGCUGUGGCGUGGACAAUCGUCGACGUUGACACGCGGUGUACCAUCCUCACAAUGAUCGACAAUAUCCUGAUUGCUGCGCCCGCUGGAGAAGAGGUGGAAUUUGUGAGGACGGUGCGGCAGAUCGUGGACCGUAUGGAGAUUGCAAACCUAUGCACGUCCCCCAGUCGUGCAGAACUACGUUCGUGGACAGACAGCGUGAUGUUGGCAGAAGCUACCAAGACAACUGUUUUCCUUGGUGAGGAGUUUACUUGGUUGGAGGGUGAGCGAAAGGUGCGAAACUCGAUUAAGACGGUGUCGAAACUGAAGCUGGGCCUGGUGCGACAACCGCACCGGAGUUUUACAUGCAGAGAAUUUGCCUCCAACGUGUCCCUCAUUCUUUAUGCUUUGCAUACCACAAGGUUGAACCCUGCUUCGGCGUUUAACCUGUUGCGCGCGUACCGCGGCGUAUACCGUCAGGUGGACCGUGGACGAGGUUGGGACGAGCCAAUUCCCUACCUGGACCCUGGCGUCCGUCAUACGAUGAUGACGCUAGCUGCAAAACUGGUGCAGAACCCAUACUGGACCAUCGCGGAAGAGGUGACCGCCACUUACAAUGAGGACGACUAUAACGUCAUUUGCUUCACCGACGCUUCCGCCGAUGGGUGGGGUGCGAUAGUGGUGACGAAUACACCCACGCCACCCCGAUCAGAAAACAAAACGGACGACACAUGGACACCGCACACCGCCAUCUACCAGCAGAGGUGGAUCCAUGAUCUCAACCCGCCACCGCCACAGCGGACACACCUCGGGCAUCAAGGAGGGGCACGGCAAGCUCCACAUAGCAGCGACACGUUUAACGCACGCCACUCGGCACAUGCGGAACCACGGGCGAUCCAUCUCCUGUUGCAGCACCUCGAACGCCAGGGGGUGAUAGUUCCUGGUGCAUCUUUCGCCCAUAAUGAAACCGUCGCCAACGACGAGACGCGAAACGCUGACACCGACUUAACGGUACAUGGCCCAAGGCGGCGGCCAUUUCGAGUGGCGGUUGUGACCGACCACUUUCCCAUUGCACACGCGCAGAGGCGGCUCAACGGCUUUGGUGGCAUCGGUCGGGGCUACGCGCUGAACAGACUCUUCAAAUACACGAAUGAUCUCUUCCACAGGAAGGCGGUGCAGGUGGUCUUCUUUUAUAUCGCCGGCCCCCGCAAUCCGGCGGACCACUGCUCCCGCAACUUUGGGGUAGACGACGGAACCGCGUCAAUCUCUUCGCAUCCAGCAAACGACUGUCUUGUUCCACUCUUACGAACCACCUUUGGACCGAUCUGCAAAGGACAAAGUGAAGCAGAGAAACCUAUUGUCAUUGUGGAAGGCAAUGUGGAUAUGUAA